UCUGAGCGUGCACAGGGGGAGGGCACGGAACGGGAGGUGGAGCAGCAGUCCCACCGCUCCCCUUCCGCGGCUGCCCCCGCCGGCCUCUGCUCUCUCCUCUCUCCUCCAUCCCGCCCCGCUUCGCUUCCCCGCCGGCCGGUCCAGCUCUGCGUUGUCGGGAUGCGGAUGUCGGCGCUAUCGCUAUCGCUGCUGCUGCUGCUGUGCGCGGUGCAGCUUUGUGCUGCCGCGCUCGGCGGCUCCCACCCGCAGCUGCUGGUGGAGCGGAGCGGGUCCCGCAGGCUGGGCAAGGUUGGUGGCUUUGCCUGGGAGAACUGCGGUGACAAGAGGGACCCCGUGGUGCUGCAGAGCCUCUCCGUGGCACCCGACCCCAUCAGCAUCCCGGGGAGCCUGCGGGUCAGCGCGGCCGUCAAGAGCGGCAAGACCAUGGCCUCCCCUCUGAAGGCUGUGCUGGUGGUGGAGAAGGCGCUGGGAGACCUCUGGAUCCAAUUACCCUGCAUUGACCAGCUGGGCAGCUGCACCUACAACGAUGUCUGCACCAUCCUGGAUGAGCUCAUCCCACCCGGCACAACGUGCCCAGAGCCCCUGCUCACCUAUGGCAUCCCUUGCCACUGCCCCUUCAAAGCGGGCUCUUACUCGCUGCCAGCCAGUGACUUCAUCCUGCCCGACAUGGAGCUGCCUUCCUGGAUGACCAACGGCAACUACCGCGUGCGGGCGGUUGUCAGCAGCGGUGGGGAGGAGCUGGGCUGUGUCAAGCUGGCCUUCUCCCUGCAGUCCCAGUGAGGGGCAGCGGACCUCCUUCUGCUCCCCACCCUCUUGUCCCCUUUCCAUCCCACCCCGUUGCACCCCAACCCAUCCCCGGGAGGUGCAUCCCUCCUGCUGCCAGGAGGAGGCAGCUCCAUACCCCUGCUCUGUGCUCCUCUGGCUGUCCUGUCCCCAACCCCAACCCCAGGGUGUCCCCUGCACCACACAGGGUGGCCUUGGAGCCUAACCCCUUUCAGCAUGACCUGGGGGUACUUGUCUUAUACCUGGUUUCUCUUUUCCUUAACCCCAUUAGGGUAAUUUUAGACAGAAACAUUCCAGGGAAAAGCAAUAUAUCUUGGAGCAGUCCCUGGGGAGGAGGGAGCGUUCACAAGUGCUGGGGCAGGCUGGAGGGAUGCAGGAUUAGCUGUUGCUGCUUGCCCCUACCACCUCUGGCCGGGGCUGGUUUAGUCCCUACAAAACAGGGCUGUUCUGCAGAAGUGUCCCCAGAAUGGGGACCAAGGGCAAGUCCCCCUCAUCUCAUUUUGCCACUGGGACUGAGCUGAAGCAUCACACUGUCCUGGGACCAUCCUUCCAGUGCACCACACAUGGAGCAGGAUCCUGGACAUGGGAUGGACUGAGAUGACCAUGAAGACCAGCAGCCUGGUUCCUAUCUGGGGGCCUUGCAGCCCAUCUCCUGGCUGUGGCUGGGUGCUGAGGUAUGGGCAGGCAGCAUCCUUCUUGCCUGCAGCUCCUGCCUGCCCAUGCCAGGUCCCAUGAGGCAGAGGCACAGGUGACUCACCAGCCACCCUCAUCCCUCGCUGUUCCUGCCUGCUUGCAUUAUGUAGCCUCUCUGUAGUCUUCCUCCAAGCACUUUUAUAUGCCUUAACUACUGCCAGGCUGCCCUGGCGGGAGGUCCUCUGCCACGCAGAUGUUCUCCCAUCACCUUUCUGUGCCCUCAACUCGCUUUGCUUCAUCCUGCUGCUGGGUCCAAUGGGGUUGUUUUGCCUGGAGAGGCACUAACCCUCUCGCCCUGCUCCCCACUGUCACGCAGUGCCUGUGCCAGGGCCGCAUCCUCCUUUUGGGCAGGUUCUUAAUAAAUCUUUUUAUCAGGA